AUGAUUGACAAUUAUUAUAAAGUCAUUAAAGUCGUCGGCAAAGGAGGUAGCUCAAAGGUGAUACUUGCCACUGACCCAGAGGGUAACAAAGUUGCAAUAAAGGUUAUUAGAAAGGAUAAAAAAUACACCACAACCUCAGCCAAGAUUCUACUCGAUAAGGAGGUGUUGGUUCUUACUGUAUUUGAUGGCCAUCCUAAUGUUAUUAAGUGAUUAGGGACUCAACCUCAUGGGAUCAUUUCAAUUAACAAUAAGGCAGAAUCAAUCAUGUACAAUGUGCUUGAAUAUGCUGAGAACCAAACUCUUUCUAGCUAUGUCAAGAAGACUGGCCCUGUUGAAGAAUUAAUUGCUAAGUUUUAUGCUACCCAGAUCUGUAGCGCAGUAGCCCAUAUCCAUAGUUCAGGGUUAGCUCACCUCGAUAUUAAACUUGAGAAUAUUUUACUGGAUGAAUUCUUCAAUGUCAAACUAGCUGAUUUCGGCUCAUGACAGGAAGCCCCAUACCCAAGAUCAAAAAUAAAUUGCGGGAGAGGAACGAAGUACUAUAUGGCCCCUGAAAUAGAGAGCUUAGAGAAGGAUGAUUCCUUCAUUGCUAGAGCAGCUGAUAUCUACUCUCUCGGAGUUACACUUUACUUGAUAGUGACUGGAGUACCCUCUUCUUUAACUAAUAAUACUGAGGAGAAUCUAGUCUUUCCUUGCGAUUUCACUACAUCAUUAAAUGGGAACGAGCAAAACACAGAAAAUGAGCCAGAAGAAUGCAUAUUAUCUCCUGAAUUUGUAGACCUUAUUUUGGCAAUGCUCGACCUAGAUCCAUUAAAGAGACCUUCUAUAUUCAAAGUGAUGAAUCAUCCUUGGAUUGAUUGAAAAUUGCGCCCUGAAAUAGCUGAACUAGUAUAUUUAGAAAUGUCAAGUAGGAAGGCUUAUAUCAAAGAAAAAUAAAUUGUU